CCAUAUUCGCAUUUACUAUAUCCGCUUUCACCAUAUUCGCUACUUUACCUGCAUUCACGGACCGCCUCUGGAUCUAGGCCAUCCGCUCAUUGACGCAGCCGCGGAGUAUAACAUGCUGUCUCUCUACGAUGCGAGUGUUCCGUCGAUGAUCGGCUACCUAGGCAGCCUCAAGAAGAUUCUGCGCAAAGGCGAAGACUUCUGCAAGGCGCGUGGUUCGAGUCCUGACUACAUGCUAGCCACGCGGAUGCACUGUACCAUGUUCCCACUUAUCUUCCAGGUGCAAAUGUGUUCCAACACCGCUAAGUUGCUGGUUCUGCGGGUCGGUGGGGUGGAGAGCGAGCGCUUAGAAGACAACGAAUCGACCUUCGGAGAGCUGUACGCGCGAUUGGACAAGACCAUCGAGAUCCUUGAAUCGGUCAAACCAGACUCAAUGUCUGGGGACCUUGGGCGCCCUAUACACGUCAAGACUCCACUCACUAGCUUCACAUUAAGUGCUGCCGAUUACGUCACUCAGUAUGCUGUGCCCAACUUUCAUUUUCAUUUGACAACCGCCUACAACAUUCUCCGCAGCCAAGGUGUAGAGAUCGGCAAGCUUGACUAUGCCUUCUUUGAGACCGAUCAGGCUGGACGUCUGAAACAAUGAUAGAACAGACACGCUUGGGUGCUGUAAGGGCACACACCGAACAUUAGCGCUUGCGCCCGCAUGUUAUCAUUGCUCGCUUCACCUAUACUUUCUGCUGUGUCUUAGUUGAGCGGCCUCUACCGUGCGGACACCAGGCAGCUAUGCAAGGUCGCGGCGUUUGCUGCGACCCAAGCUAUUGGCUCGCGGUGCAGUUGACAGUGAGCUCGGUGCUCGUCGCCUUCGAAUCCUUUCGCCUCUCUGCCUCUUUUUCAAUCAUGAUGAUGAUCCCAC